GCCGUUACUUGCACUUUUGCCUAGACAAAAACACGCCAUCUCACGUAACGUUAACUUCUCACCUCACCUUACCUUUUUGUCUCUUCUUCACUUCCACUCUCAUUUUCCGAACGCUAUUUAGGGUUUUGUUUCAUUCAAUCGACUUUCAGAUCCAAACAACGGAAACCCCAAAACUACCCCCAUCAAAAUCGAGGUUUUUUGUUUGAUAUGUCCAUGGAUGAAACUGAUGAUGGGAGAGUUGAAGCAUUUGACUCGGUUCACAAUGUCAAACCCGGAUUUGGUGAAACGGGUUCGGAGCAGGAACAAAGCAAUGGUGGUCUCGUGAGGGGGGAAGUAGACACGUCGGCGCCCUUUGAGUCGGUGAGGGAGGCUGUGUCCCGAUUCGGUGGAGUCGGGUUCUGGAAACCCCAUUAUAAGCACCCACAUUCUUCUGAGAAUGGCAUCAUUGAAGAAGAAUUUGAUGCAGCAAAAGCUGAGGAGCAGGCUGUGCAAUUAGCUAACGAUCUCAUAGUUAAAGAAAGGGAAACCCUUCAAGUCUUGAAAGAACUCGAAGCAACAAAAACUACUCUUGAAGAAUUGAAAGCAAAACUACAGAAAGAAUCUGAACCCGUUCAUAAUCAACUUGAAGAACCCAACGACCAAAAUCACAAAAACCCACAAUCAAAUGAUGAUAACUUCAUGUGUCCUUCUUCAGCUCCAGGAUUCAUCUUGAUGGAAUUAAAGCAAGCUAAACUGAACUUAACAAGAACAACAAACGAUCUUGCAGACAUCAGAGCAACUGUGGAAAUGUACAACAAAAAGAUUGAGAAAGAAAGAUUCGAACUUGAGAAAACCCGUCAACGAUUAUCUUCACAUUCCUCAAAAAUCUCAUCUUUUAAAGAAAAUCAUGAAGAGAAUCUUGAUGAUUACAUACCAAGGGAGCUCCAACGAUUGACUUCUGAAACUGAGCAGUUCAAAAAAGUUGGUGAGUUAGCCAAAUCAGAAGUUUUAAGAGCAAUGAAUCAGAUUGAACAGACUAAAUCAAAGAUAAAAACAGCCAAGAUUCGUCUAAUUGCUGCUAGAAAAUUGAAAGAAGCUGCAAGAGCUAGUGAAGCACUUGCAAGAUCUGAGAUAAAUUGUUUAUUAAAAAGUGAAAAUUUAUCAGAAGGCGAAGGCAUAACUCUUUCAAUCGAGGAAUACUCUUCUUUAAAGAUGAAAGCUCGAGAGGCUGAUGAAGCUUCAUCAAAUAUUGAAAUCGACCAAUCAGAGGUAUCGAAAUCUGAGAUCUUGAAAAAGGUAGAGGAAGCAACAGAAGAAGUGAAGAACAGUAAGAGGGUUCUUGAAGAAGCUUUGAGUAAAGUUGAAGCUGCUAAUGGUGACAAGUUAAAAGCAGAAGAAGCUCUUCGAAAAUGGCGAUCGGAUCAUGGUCAACGAAGAAAGUCAACGGUUCAAAACGCGACCAAAUUCAAGAAUUCUUCUUGUAGGAUGAAUAACACCCGUUUGUUUGAUGUAAACGGGGCCCAUUUGGUAAGUAACGGGUCGAGUCCGGUUUUGAGGCCAACGAUGUCGAUUGGGCAAAUUUUGAGCAGGAAGUUGCUUUUGACAGAAGAGAAUUCGGAGAAAAGUUCUAUGAGAAGGAAGGUUUCAUUGGCACAAAUGCUGAGGAAGGCUACUAGUGAUGGUGGCAGCAGUGGUGAUGGUGGUGGCGGCAGUGGUAGUGGUGGUGGUGGUGGUGGUGAUGGUGGUGGGAAACGGCGCUCGGGAAAGAGAAAGAAGUUUGGGUUUGGUCGGAUUUCGUUCUUGGUGGCGAAACCGAGCAAGAAGAAGAAGAAACAUAGUGUAUUAAGUUCGAGACUUUCAUGUGUUGUGGAUUAAAAGUUUGUGGAUUCGGUUAUGUUAUGUGUUCUAUAAUUAGAUUUAGUGUGUUUAAACACGGUUCUUAGUCUAGUAAUAUUUACCGAAAUAUGAGGACAUGAUUCAUCAUCUGUAAUGAUGAUGAACAAAUAAUGUACUAUCUCUGUUUUAUAUUUAUCCACUACUUUUGAUUUUUGAA